AACCCACCUGGCACCUGCCUUCACCAACGACCGCCGCCAUGCCUCCGGACGAAGCCACGCUCAGCACCAGCCUCGACACGGUGCGAUCUAUUCACACCCGGUUCCCGCCGUCCCCCUCGCGCUCACGCCCCCCGAACCGCUCGCGCUCACCAUCGCCGUCGCUCCCACCCAGCCCAUCGCUCUCGGCAGCCUCGGGCUCCUCUGUAUCGUCCUUCCCCUCCGUUGCCAGCUCGUUCUUCUUCAGCUCAGCGGCCGUGAGCCCAGGGCCUGCCCAUGCGGAGGAGGACGAGACGCUCAUCAUCCCGGAGCUCGUGCUGCCGCAACCGCAGCCACGGGUGCGGGUGUCAGCAUCCGAUGUCGUGGCUCGGCUGUUCGUGGUGGGAGACUACCGUGCCGUUGCGCGGAGCCUCAAUGGCCCCGAUGGCGGGGUGGAAGAUGGAGGAGUGGAUGAGGGCGGUUCGGGUGGUGUGCACAUCCUGCGAGUGCGCGUAGGUGAAGAUGUCGAAGACGAUUGGUCUCGGACCGGCGGCGACGGAACGCGAGACUCUCCCGGCCCCGCACACGUACCGAUGGUCGAGGUUUACGGUGUCGACUCUAUGCAUGAGCUCGACCUGGUCGCUCUAGAACACCGCAUCCUCGCGCCAUUCUAUGUCGUCUCGGAUAUUCUCGCCCCUCCCGUGCUGUCGGGCGACAAGUCCGUGCUGCAGGAUAUCCUCGCGGGCCCGUCGGUGCCGUUGUAUACAGCACUGAUCGUCACGUAUCCGGAGGGAGACUUACCUGCGCCUAUCGACCCACACGUUCCGCUCUCGUAUCUGAUCCCGUCGCUGUCUGCACACCGCCCGCCGAAUGAGGACAUCACCGGAUUCAUCCCCGCCACCCUACGAUCGCUGAUCCCCGUGGUACCUCUGGCCCUACCAUCUCCUUCGCCGCCAUCCUUACAGGAUUCCUCUGCCGUGCAGUCACCAUCUGUAGCCCACCAUCUCAUCCUUGAGCCGGAGGACUCGGUGCUUGGGGACGACCCGGAUGGUGACGUCAUCACUCGGACGACUCCCCAGUCGUCCGCGGUCCUUGCCCUAGAUCCACCGCGGGCGCUGCUGUCCCCUGCGACGCUGAGAUCGCUCAGAAGGGAAGCAGCCGGGCUAUUCUUGGCGUGGUGGAGACGGAUCGGGAGGCAAGCUGAGCCCUCCCCGGCCGAAGUGUCCCCGGUCCGUGCGAUACCUCCGGAUGAUGAUGCACUCGCGCUCAGCCUCACCGGGUCGGCGCAUUCCGGUAGUGCCCCACUCCCCUCCCCAGCGCACAUGAGACGGGGGACGAUCACCCGCCGCCGGCGCGUGAAGCUCACGCGGACGCCGUCCUCCUCACCCCCGACCUCGCCCGCGCACUUCGUGCCCAAGUCGUUCUACCCGCACGCGGAUCCGCUGCACCUGCCGUCGCUGUUUGCCCUCGCGCGAGGCGUGUGCGGCGCCUGGGCUGCGCAGGAAUGGAGCAACCUCGGCGUCGCGGUCUUCGCUGGGCUGGGCUUUGUCGCCGGCUUGUUCGUUGGUGUGUGGGCUGUGUCCGCUGGGGCGGCAACGGCAGCCCGACCGGGUAUCUCACCGCUCCGCUGAUUGAGAGACUUUUGCACCUCUACUUCCUCGCGCAUCCCUCGAGGACAUGGCUGAAAGCCGACUUUACGAUCUCACCCUUUCACGACUUUCAUAGAUUAUCGCUGCAUCUUUCAUUUCUGCCUUUUGUGUAUUAGCAAUCCCUGAGCAUUCAUCAUGUACAUUUCUAUUGCUGUCCGUAUCUUUGGAUCAUCAUCGGUUUUCUUCACGAGGUGUUUGCACUGCGAAUGAAUUGGGCGAUAGCACAAUCUUAUCUAAACAGCAGUGCCAGAGAUGAGUGACCAGUUUCGGUCAUGACCGCCCAACGGCUCAAAUAGGCAAUUGAUCCCGAACAUGAUGAGCGCGUCGUACUACGUUCAAGAUGGGGCCAAAUAAGCUGUGCUUGUGUGACAUCCGAAAAUCAAUGAGAGCCUAUUUCGACUUCGACCUUGAUCCUUUCCCUCGGGGGUGUCCACAGGUCCACUCUCAUCCUAUUUCAACGAAGAUUUGCAUGCUUCCGAGGAGUAAACAUCGUUUUUGGUCCUUUCAGUUCAUAUUGGGCCGAACUCCUGAUUGGUGCUGGAUCCACCUGGCCGUGCGGGCCCAGCCUCAUCACGUGUGCUCUGUCCUCCUCUCCCGCGUCGCACGUCAACAAUCUAACCAGUUCGGCUGCACAUAUUUCGUUGCGCAAGGAAAAAGGCCAGGGGCCCGAGUUUGCUGUCAUGAAAAACCCUUCCGACACAGGAGGGAUGUGGACCCUGCGCGACCGCAGGGCACGUGGUUGGCGACACCAACCUUCCAUCCGGGCCAGCGGUCAAAGCGUCACCCACCCACGAUCCCUACUCCCCCAGCCUUCGCGCCAUCACCCGUGCGUUCAUUUCCACGCAAGGCCCUGCGAUCUCGCAGUCCCCGUCAAUCUAAUCUGGGGUUCAUCCUUGACCCGUGCGGCGCACCCGGGCCCCGGGGAGUGCGUCCUGAGCGAGGGAACGCUCGCGCGAACCGUGAUUGCUAUCUCCACGCGUCCACGUUUCCGCUGUGUGUGUCGCCGGUCAGGUUUCUGCGGGUAAAGGUCUGAGAUCCCAACGCAACGUAAUCAAGAGAACGCGGUUUGUGGGUGCGGUACGCAUCGAUGGACGGUCUCUUGUGUGCGGUACGAAUCUUGUGGUGGGUCCAUGUUCCGACUUCGCAGCUGGCGAUCACAUUUGCGCGUAUCGAGCUCAGUGGGGUUGGGCUCCUCCCCCCCAGAAAGAGGGUAUGGCGUUUUUGGGGGCCAUCUGUAUCGGCGAAUUCUUGUCUCCGGGGUCGGCUGUCGCCGGGGAAUCCUGGCAGAGCAUGUGUGGGAGCGGGCGCUGGGGCGGUCUCGAACUGGGGCCGGGAGGCAGGCACAUACGGUAUGUCGCGCGGGCAUAGUCCGGAAGAACCGAGCCGGAAUGGAGCGGCGUAGCAGCUGAGUGGUUGCCACUGUCACAGUGCGAGCCAUAUCCGGAAAAAUGAUGCGUGCAUGCAGUCAGUCCUUCUCAGUGCACCCUUGGCUCAGCCGAGCCGGAUGACACCAAAUGAAGGUCAUUGCAGAUGGAAGGGGCCAACGGAGAUCCGUCGGGAAUUCAUCUGCUCGCGGCCAAUAGGCGUGAAGUGAAGCGCAGGGAGCGAGUGCGGUCUAAGCACACCCGCGAAGGGAUAAGCAGAGCCGCGAGAGAUUUCACGGACGUUUUGUCAAUGUCAUCCGAAGCGAGCGCGGCUGAUCGGCAUCACCUUGGCAGCGGUCAGUUCGACCGAGGGCCGUUGAAUCGAUUGAUGCGUUAUAGACAGUGAUGCUUUAGGGAAAGUAUACAGCGAGAAAAUAAACAUAAGCUAUAAGCCUACAACAUAGUGUGCACCCUCAAGUAAGUACUUACAGAUAAAUAGACGUACGUCACUCGAGUAAUAAAGUCUAGAUACAAAACAGUCAGCUGGCAUUUUCACCUCGACUGGGUGUUAUGUGUGUGCUUAGUGCGCGGCUUGAUCUUAUUGCGCUUCAGGCUCAACGGGCGCUCCUUCCCACGCAGCCGGGCGUACACCCCGCACGCAUUGCACACCUGCGCGCCCUCCUUGUUGCGCCGCCACACACUCGUCCGGCGCGUCCCACAGUGGCUGCACUUCGGCCCGGUGUACUCCGCGUCCGGGAUCUUGGCGAGCUCGUCAUCCUCGUCCGUGUCCCGGUCCGCGUCAAUCAGCUCCUGCGGCCGGAGCUUGUUGCGCUGCUGCAGGUACAGCCCGCACGCGUUGCACAGCGUGCGCUGUGUCGACGGCUCCCGGCGCCACAGCGGGGUCGACGUCGCGUGGCAGUGGAAGCACGACUUUUUCGGAUUCGGAUUCGGGCUCGGGUUCGAGCUGCUGCUGCUGCCGGGCAUGGCGCCGGCAGAGGUCGCAACGGGCGUUGCAGCACCCACGAGCGUCUGCGCCGACCGGUGCGGGAGGAUGGGCGACGGGAGCGGGUACGGCUUUGACUCUGGGGGCGAGGGCAGCCGGGGGAGCAGAUAUGACCCGCCGGGUGAGGAGGCCCCUGAGCUCGCGGAGGAUGAGUACGGGGAGGACGGCGAGUAGGCGUCGUAUGCGCCGAACUGCGAGCCCAUGCUCGCCGCCGAGGACGGCCCGCUCCACCCGCCCAUGUGCGAGUGCGAGUGCUGGUGCUGGUGCUGAUGCUGCACCGGGUCGGCCGACCACAGCGUCGGUUUCUGGCGGUAGGACGGGGGCGGGGCAUAGUGCCCGUGCGCAUGCGCAGACGGCAGCCCCGCAGGUGUCGCCCAUGCGUCCUGGUCAUACGAUAUGUCGGUCAGGUGGCCCACGCGGGAGCCCAAAUGCGGCGACGGGGGCUCGGGGUACAUGGGAAUCAGGCCGCUCAGAUCCAGCGUCGGCGUCGGGGCAGGCGAGAUGGGGGACGCGGAGUGGUCCCGGUGCAGCUGCGCGUGAAAAGCGGGCAUGGGGGACGGGGUGGGCGGGCCCAGCCGCGAAUGGCUCAUGCGCAUGGCGGACGAUGGGUGUUGGUGGUGAUGCUGAUGCUGAUGGUGCGGGCCAAUGUCAGAGAGCGGCGCAGCGCUUCCUGGCCGAUACAUGCCGGAGGCCGAUGUCGCAUACGGGUAUUCGCGCGACAGCGGACGAACAAGUUCUUC